AUGUCAAAGCAACCACCCGAUACUACUGACUAUACCUUUUACCGAACUGGUCGACCAUUACCCGAUACCACCAUUGACCCGGACGAAUGGCGAGUAAGACAAUUCCUCAACACCUCACCUUAUCAUACACUCAACAGCUACCCUAGCCCUUUACCACCUUAUUGGCACCCUAAUCCAUUUUCACCCAAUACAUUCCCUCAAUAUGGUCUCUAUCCUCCUCAAUCGAUGUUCGGUAUUUACAGUAGUCCAUUCUCAGGGCUUACAUCCCUACAAUCCCGUCCACCACCUGCUCCUUCUGUGGGUAUAUCACCUGCAACGAAGAAACCAUUUUUAUUUCCAAGCUUGGAACAAUACCGAAUGUACUUCAAAAAUCCAGCGUUGUUCGAGCAAACCACAAAUGGAUGGAUUACAGAUCCAACAGCUAUCUCCCAGCCUAUCCAUAAACCGUUCGGGGAAUCGUCGGAUCUAAGUUGGACAUCACCAAGAACAGGAAAAACAUACCAGCUUCCCUCUUUGGUUAGUAGGUAUCCAGAACCGCAUUAUUAUGUUUGUGUGGUGUGUGAGAAUAAGAAAAUGAAAUUUGAUGGGUUCACUUGGUGUAGGGAAUGUAAAGAUAAUACGAAGAGUAUGGUUGUUUAUGGGAAAUAG